CACGCCAUGCCCCCCGGCCUGCCCAGGAGGGGCGCCAGCAGCCACUACGACCCGGUCCCGGGGGUGCCUGAGCCACAGAAAUGCAGCCCAGAGAAAAGUGCUUCAUUCUUCAGUAAAGUGACAUAUUCCUGGUUUAACAGAGUAAUUGUUUUAGGUUAUAAGAAACCUUUGGAAAGAGAAGAUCUUUUUGAGCUAAAUGAAAGUGAUUCCCCCUACAUUGUGUGUCCCAUCUUUGAAAAACAGUGGAGGAAGGAGAUUUUAAGGAAUCAAGAGAGGCAAAAAAUGCAGGCAUCUUCCCAUCAAGGGGCUCACACCAGGAAGCCAUCUCUACUGUAUGCCUUGUGGAACACUUUUAAAUCUGUCCUGAUUCAAGUUGCUGUAUUCAAAGUGUUUGCUGAUGUUUUGUCCUUCACUAGCCCACUCAUAAUGAAGCAAAUGAUCAUCUUCUGUGAACACAGCUCAGAUUUUGGUUGGCGCAGCUUUACUUAUGCAGUGGUACUUUUUGUCGUAGUCAUUUCCCAAACCCUAAUCCUUCAACAAUACCAACGUUUUAACACACUUACUUCAGCAAAAAUUAAAACAGCUGUGGUUGGACUGAUCUACAAAAAGGCCUUACACUUAUCAAAUGUUUCUCAAAAAAGAUUUUCCACUGGAGAAAUCAUUAACUUGAUGUCAACAGAUGCCCAACAGCUCAUGGACUUGACUGCAAACCUCAAUCUCCUCUGGUCAGCCCCUUUCCAAAUCCUGAUGGCCAUCUCACUUCUUUGGCAAGAGCUGGGUGCAGCAGUGUUAGCAGGGGUGGCAGUGCUUGUGUUGGUUAUACCAAUAAAUGCUUUAGUUGCAAUGAGAGUGAAAAGACUCAAGAAAAGCCAAACAAAGAACAAAGAUAAACAGAUAAAACUACUGAAAGAAAUCCUACAUGGAAUAAAGAUCCUCAAACUUUAUGCAUGGGAACCUGCCUAUAGAAAUAAGAUUAUUGAAAUUCGAGAUCAGGAGUUGGAAUUUCAGAAAUCAUCUAGGUAUCUUGCUGUAUAUUCUAUGCUCACAUUAACUUGCAUUCCAUUCUUGGUAUCUCUGGCAACGUUUGGUGUCUAUUUCUUACUGAAUGAAGGAAACAUUUUAACAGCUACUAAAGUGUUCACAUCUAUAUCUUUGUUUAAUAUUUUGAGGAUUCCUCUGUUUGAUUUACCAACAGUGAUCUCAGCUGUGGUCCAGACAAGGGUAUCAUUGGGUCGUUUGGAAGACUUUCUCAACUCUGAAGAGCUUCUAUCUCAAAAUAUUGAAAUGAACUAUGUAGGAGAUCAUGCAAUUGGGUUUACUAAUGCUUCUUUCUCUUGGGAUGAAACAGGAAUUCCAAUACUAAAAAACUUGAACGUGAAGAUUCCAGAAGGAGCUUUGGUGGCUGUUGUAGGUCAAGUUGGGUCUGGAAAGUCAUCUGUGCUGUCUGCUAUUCUAGGGGAAAUGGAGAAACUUACAGGAGUUGUUGAAAGAAAGGGUUCUGUGGCUUAUGUUUCCCAGCAGGCCUGGAUUCAGAAUUGCAUUUUGCAAGAAAACAUUCUCUUUGGCUCCACCAUGCAGAAGCAGUUUUAUGAGCAAGUAUUGGAAGCCUGUGCUCUCCUUCCAGACUUGGAGCAGUUACCAAAUGGAGAUCAAACUGAGAUUGGAGAAAGAGGUGUGAAUAUAAGUGGGGGCCAGAAGCAGCGAGUGAGCCUGGCCAGAGCUGUCUAUAGUAGAGCUGACAUCUUCCUCCUGGAUGACCCCUUGUCUGCUGUGGAUGUUCAUGUUGGGAAGCAGCUUUUUGAAAAUGUGAUUGGGACUUCUGGACUUUUGAAAAACAAGACUCGUAUUUUAGUGACACACAACCUCACAAUUUUGCCACAGACGGAUCUCAUUGUUAUGAUGGAAAGUGGCAGGAUAGCACAAAUGGGAACCUACCAGGAGCUGAUGUCUAAAACUAAAAACCUCAGUAAUUUGCUUCAAGUCUUCAAAGAACAAGAAGAAGCUCAUGUUUUAAAGCAAGUCAGUGUAAUCAACUCCAGAACUAUACUGAAAGACCAAAUCCUGGAGCAAAAAGAUAGGCCUUCAUUUGAUCAAAGAAAUUAUUUCUCAAUGAAAAAAGAAAAGAUCCCUGUUGGUGGGGUGAAGUUCUCAAUAAUUCUGAAGUACCUUCAAGCCUUUGGUUGGCCCUGGGUAUGGCUAGUUGUGGCUACUUACCUAGGACAGAAUUUGGUGAGCAUUGGACAGAAUCUGUGGCUUAGUGCCUGGGCAAGAGAAGCAAAACACUGGAAUGAAUUUACAGAAUGGAAGCAAAUAAGAAACAAUAAACUUAAUACCUAUGGAUUAUUGGGAUUAGUACAAGGUCUCUUUGUCUGCUGUGGAGCCUACCUGCUCACUAGAGGAUCACUGGCUGCCUCCCGAACCUUGUAUGCUCAGCUGUUGAAUAGUGUUCUUCACCUUCCACUCCAGUAUUUUGAAACAAAUCCCAUAGGACAGAUCAUCAAUCGGUUCACCAAGGAUAUGUUUAUAGUUGAUAUCCGUUUUCAUUAUUAUUUACGGACCUGGUUGAAUUGUACAUUGGAGGCUAUCGGAACAGUUUUGGUCAUUAUGGGAGCUUUACCACUCUUCACUCUGGGGGUUCUUCCCUUGAUUUUCUUCUAUUUCACUAUACAACGAUAUUACAUGGCAAGCUCUCGACAGAUCCGGAGGUUGUCAGGAGCGUCCCGUUCUCCUGUCAUUUCCCACUUUAGUGAGACUUUAUCAGGAGUGUCCACUAUUAGAGCAUUUGGACAUGAACAGAGGUUCAUUCAGCAAAAUAAAGAAGUGGUGAAUGAGAAUUUGGUCUGCUUCUAUAAUAAUAUAAUUUCAAACAGGUGGCUGUCUGUCAGACUGGAAUUUCUUGGCAACUUAAUGGUGUUCUUUGCUGCAAUGCUUGCUGCGCUGGCUGGCAAUUCCAUAGAUUCAGCAAUAGUUGGUUUGUCUAUAUCUUAUGCCCUAAAUAUUACUCAGUCUCUGAAUUUUUGGGUAAGGAAAGCAUGUGAAAUUGAAACAAAUGCAGUUUCUAUUGAAAGAGUGUGUGAAUAUGAAGAUAUGGAUAAAGAGGCACCUUGGAUAAUGUCUAGAAGGCCUCCAUUACAAUGGCCCAAUAAAGGGAUAGUGGAAUUUAUAAAUUAUCGGGCUCGAUAUCGAAAUGAUCUUCACUUUGCAUUACAAGAUAUCACUUUCAAGACUCAAGGUGAAGAGAAGAUUGGCAUUGUGGGAAGGACUGGAGCAGGUAAAUCAACACUAUCAAAUUGUUUAUUUAGAAUUGUGGAGAGGUCAGCAGGCAAAAUUAUUAUUGAUGGAGUUGACAUAUCCACUAUUGGACUUCAUGACCUUCGUGGCAAACUUAAUAUAAUUCCACAGGACCCUGUUUUAUUUUCUGGAACCCUUCAAAUGAACCUGGAUCCCCUAGACAAAUAUUCUGACAGUGAGUUGUGGGAGGUGCUAGAACUGUGUCAUUUAAAAGAAUUUGUGCAGUCCCUUCCCAAGAAGCUGCUGCAUGAGAUUUCAGAAGGGGGUGAAAAUCUCAGCGUUGGACAACGGCAACUUGUCUGUCUUGCUCGUGCUUUGCUUCGUAAAACAAAAAUUCUCAUCUUGGAUGAGGCAACAGCGUCCAUUGAUUUUGAGACUGAUAAUUUGGUGCAGACCACAAUCAGAAAGGAGUUUUCUGAUUGCACCAUCCUGACAAUUGCUCACAGACUACAUUCUAUCAUUGAUUCAGACAGGGUGCUUGUUCUAGACUCUGGAAAAAUCGUAGAAUUUGAGACUCCACAGAAUUUGGUUCAUCAGAAAGGACUUUUCUUUCAAAUGACAGUGGAGGCUGGAAUAACAGAAGACGGGAACAAAAAAUAAAUUAUUUUAGUUGUAUAUUGA